AUGGCGGACCUGGGAAACGUAUCUAUAUCGAGGCGAACUCUGCGCUUGGGGGAGCCAAGGCUGGCAGAGCGGAAAGGCUUUUCGGCGUGGGCUGGCUCAAAGCGGAGUGGUGGGGACGUUGGGAAGGGGAAGGCAAACGAGCAGGGGAGAUUGGAUGGGCUAAAGUUGCCGGCCCCCCGAAUUAGUAGGCGGAAGCUGAUUGCAGUGGACGGCGGGGGAGUGGUGGAUGUCCCGGCUCCAAAGGAAUCACGGCGGAGCAUCGUUGGCACGAAAUACGAAGCGAUAGAAGCGGCCUUGCCGGCAUCAUUGCGCACCAAGGUUGUCGAAGAGAGGCGGAGGGAUGCACGACGCGCAUGGACGCCCCCAAUUGAGAUACUUUCGCCCAAGGAGUGCGAGCGUUCAGAAGACCCCUUUUGUAAUGACGACCGGUUCUAUAAUCGACAACUCGAGCACAGCCCUUUCACAGACGACCUGGCGAGGUAUGACGAACUCGAUAUCCCCCAAUGGAAGAACAUUGACCAAGAGCCGCUUACCGUCAGGACCAAAGAAGAUCAGGAGCUAUUCGAGUUUUAUCAAGACGGUGUGCGACUGGGACAGUGUCGAGCCGCAAUCAAUGGCACCGCGGUGGCUGCCGAUUCGGCAACCAACGGCCCUACAACUGACACACUUCCGGAAGAGUUUGGAGACAGCGGCACAAGCAAAGGAGAAUUACAGAGAUGGAACUACAAACUAAUGAGAUAUGAGUUGCUACCUCGACUUUGGCGAAGAGCUGUGAAUUUGAGCCAAAAGUUGCACCUGGACCCUGAGGAAAAAGUGAUCACUUCUCCGUUUGCGUGGGGGUCGGACCCGGCGGAACCCUGGGUUCAGACAGGCGAAACGCCGUCCGUUGUUCCUGAGAAUCUCAUUGUUCCAGAAUACCACCUCUUUCGAGAACCAAGAAUAACAACAGCUGGCGAAACAAAAACAGCUGGCGAAACAAAAACAGCUGGCGAAACAACAGGCGCUGUUGUGGGUCAGACAUCUGAUCAGGCAUCUGAUCAGGCGGUUGACCAAGGAGGUGAAGACCCCACGAGGCGAUUAGGUAUUAUGUUGGAAAGAGGGUCGGUGGAGGCUGCCUUUUACGAGGUCAUUGAGGGGAGUAGGGCUUGGAGGAAGGAAAAGAGACGGUUGAUAGCGAUUCCGCCUAACGAGUCGUACGGGGGCUUGAUAACCAGUCCAGCGGCUCACCAGAGAUUGAUUAACCAUCAGCGCCGCAACGAACGACGACAGGCGCGAGUUGAGGACGACAGCAGCACCGAAGAAGGAAGCGUCAGUUCCAAGCAUUCUGACUCGACAGCAUCAUUCGGAAGCCACAGGGCAGGAGAUGAGGACGCGCAAGAGCACCGAGCGGACUGGGACCCCGUCCGACUGAAAGCCAAGAAGAGACGGCACGCCGUCAUCAUGAAAUGGCUUCACAGAACUCACAACCAAGCAGACGCUCCGCCCAUAUGGCCCGUGGAACACGGCGUAUCGUACAACCAACUGCCCUUCCCCGUCGGCACCGACUACGGGAACGUUGCAAAUGAACUGGCAGAUGGAGCCACCUACACUAGAUCUCUAUAUGACGUAAGCACCGCAGGUAGGAUACACCAGAAAAGACCCGCUCAGCACGGGGGAGACUUCUCGUUGUUGGGGGGAGACUUCUCGUUGUUGGGGGGAGACUUCUCGUUGUUGGGGGGAGACUUCUCGUUGUUGGGGGGAGACUUCUCGUUGUUGGGGGUAGGACUUAAGGAGAGUGGGUAG